AUGAAUCCUACGGACUAUGCGGAGGUGGAAUCGGCUCUCAAUAUGUACGCCCAUAGGGUCGUUACAUUCGGAAGAGAGAUUUUUGGUACCGCAUUUGAGCGCAUUCAUGGCCUUCGGCCCAAAAAGCCGCCGGACCACGGUGGCCGACCACUUCCACCAGGUCCAUGGGAUCUGGCUUCUUCACCCGGAGGACCGUAUGGUCUUCUUGGUGGAGGAUCCAGGGUCCAUGUACCCAGUGGAAGUGGUUGUGGCCACCGUAUAGGUCAACCCAUACCACCCACCAACCAUCACCAUCAUCAUACUCAUACUACGACUUCAUCGACACCUACUACAACCACACACUCAUCAUCACCACACUGGAUGAGACCACACCAACCACCAGCCACCAUCAUCAUACUCAUACUACGACUUCAUCGACACCUACUACAACCACACACUCAUCAUCACCACACUGGAUGA